UGAUAGUAAGUUGCUGUUUCAGAGCAGAGCACAUGCAGAGUGUCAGCGCUAGCCUGGCCCUCUCUCCCUGCGUUUUGUUAGCAGCCGCUGUACCUGCUGGGGGAUUUUAUCUUGUCCCUUGCCUGCUGGGGCUUCAAACCACUGCGGAAUCUGAAAAGCUGUGCUGUCUGGUACUAAGGAAGAGAAGCACCUUGGGUUUCUCUGGAGAGGAGAUUUGGCAGUUCUGAUAAACGUUCAUAGAAGACAGCACUCCCUGAAGCUCGAUGACCAAAAGUAAUGGAGAAGAGCCCCGGCUGGGGGGUAGAAUGGAGCGGUUCCAGCAAGGAGUCCGAAAACGGACACUCUUGGCUAAGAAGAAAGUACAGAGCAUCACAAAGGAGGAUGUUAAAAGUUAUCUAUUUCGGAAUGCCUUUGUUCUCCUCACUGUCACCGCUGUCAUUGUGGGUACAAUCCUUGGAUUUGCCCUCCGGCCAUACAGAAUGAGCUACCGGGAAGUUAAGUACUUCUCCUUUCCAGGAGAACUUUUAAUGAGGAUGUUACAGAUGUUGGUGUUACCGCUCAUCGUCUCCAGCUUAGUCACAGGGAUGGCUGCCCUAGAUAGUAAGGCCUCAGGGAAGAUGGGAAUGAGAGCAGUGGUCUAUUACAUGACCACAACAAUCAUUGCUGUGGUGAUUGGCAUAAUCAUUGUCAUCAUCAUUCAUCCCGGGAAAGGCUCAAAGGAGAACAUGCACAGAGAAGGCAAAAUUGUGCAAGUGACAGCUGCAGACGCCUUCCUUGACUUGAUCAGGAACAUGUUCCCUCCCAAUCUGGUGGAAGCCUGCUUUAAACAGUUUAAGACUAACUAUGAGAAGAAAAGCUUUAAGGUGCCUAUGUCGCCCAAUGAAACAAUUUUAGCUUCUGUGAUAAACAAUGUCUCCGAGGCCAUGGAAACCCUCACCCGUAUAAAAGAGGAGAUGGUCCCUGUCCCAGGGGCUGUGAAUGGAGUGAACGCCCUGGGCCUGGUUGUCUUCUCCAUGUGCUUUGGAUUGGUCAUUGGGAAUAUGAAGGAGCAGGGGCAGGCACUGAAAGAUUUCUUUGAUUGCCUCAAUGAGGCUAUUAUGAGACUGGUAGCUGUGAUCAUGUGGUACGCUCCACUUGGCAUCCUCUUCUUGAUUGCUGGAAAAAUUGUUGAGAUGGAGGACAUGGGAGUGAUUGGUGGGCAGCUGGCCAUGUACACCAUCACCGUCAUCAUCGGAUUGCUCAUUCAUGCAGUUAUCGUCCUCCCACUUCUCUACUUCUUGGUAACUCGAAAAAAUCCUUGGGUUUUUAUUGGAGGCUUACUACAGGCGCUCAUCACGGCUGUGGGGACAUCCUCCAGUUCUGCUACCCUUCCCAUCACUUUUAAGUGCCUGGAAGAGAACAAUGGAGUGGACAAACGUGUGACCAGAUUUGUUCUACCGGUGGGUGCCACCAUCAACAUGGAUGGGACUGCUCUGUAUGAGGCCCUUGCCGCCAUCUUCAUUGCUCAAGUUAAUAACUUUGAACUGAACUUUGGACAGAUUAUUACCAUCAGCAUCACAGCCACAGCUGCCAGCAUUGGAGCUGCUGGGAUCCCUCAGGCAGGGCUGGUCACUAUGGUCAUCGUGCUGACUUCUGUCGGGCUCCCCACGGAUGACAUCACCCUCAUCAUUGCUGUGGACUGGUUCCUGGAUCGUCUUCGUACAACCACCAAUGUUCUGGGAGACUCUCUUGGGGCAGGAAUUGUUGAGCACUUAUCACGACAUGAGUUGAAGAACCGAGAUGCAGAAAUGGGUAAUUCUGUGAUCGAAGAGAAUGAAAUGAAGAAACCCUAUCAGCUCAUCUCCCAGGAAAAUGAGACAGAAAAACCCACUGACAGCGAAACCAAGAUGUAGACUGGCACAAUGAAAUGUAACUUUCCCACCCAGUUGCAUCUCAUUUUCCAGAAAUCCCUUAUCUUGCUCUCUCUUCCUGAUUGGAUAGCAUUGAAAAAUGAUCAACAAAAUUUUGAUGGGGCCAAAAUGUAUGAUUGUCAUUCUGUUUCUCAAAACAAAAGGAAAAAAAAUGGACAGUUAUCUACUGGUCUUGCCUAGGUAUGUGCAAAAAGAGAUCAGAAAGGUCGUUGACCAAGUCAACAAAAAAUGCAAGUGUAUAUGACACACACAACCCUGUAAAUGUGAUCUUAUAUUUUAUAAGCUGAAAAGUCAAAAUUAGGUAGAAGAGGCUGGAAAUAUCUAUAUUUUUUCUUAACUCCUAUUUCAAAAUUUCUCGACCCAUAGAACACAAUCCAGUUUAGGUCCCAAAAUAUAGCUUAACUUGAUAUAACUGCAACCAGAUAGAAGAUAGGCAAUCAGAAUCUCUCUUUAUCUGGCUUGUGACUUCCUGUCUCAUCUCACUAAUAGAAGAACCUCCAUCCAAGUGUAUAGGAAAGGCCAGUUCAGGGGCUGUUGGCCAUGUGUCCCUUUCUGGAAUCUUGCAAUAAAAGGCAUUUCUUAGAGGGGGAGAUUUGCAGGGAGAAUAUUUCUAAGGCAGAGAUGGCAAGGUGGCAGCCCAGUCCUAGAUCAGAAGCCAUCUUUUCCAAACUGGCAUCUGUACAAGGCACCAAGUAAGAGGUCAUUCCAGGAGUGAAACUUCACCAAAUGCUUUGGACAGGGAAAAGAGAGGAGUGAAAGGUCAAGCUUCACUUCCUUUUCCUCCCAAUAGGGGGAAUUUUGGGGGGGAGGGAGAGAAUUGUUAUCCACUAUAUCUACUAAGAAUAGUAAUUUAGAAAAUAAAACUGAAAACUAAUGGAGUGCUUAAGCUUUUACUGGCACUAGAAAACACAUGAAACGCAAGAUAGUGAGUGGAUGACAUGUUUCAGAAAUGUAAAAAGAAUUUUAAAGAGUGACAUUAUGGGUCUCCAUUGAGGAAUAUAAAUGAAAAGAAUAAAAGGGGGGGAGAUUUACUCUUUACUCUGAUGUGUUUUCUGUUCAGUCCAAAAUCAUUCCCCAAGGAAACCUGAAGAUCAAAAUAUCAAUGUUAUAUAUUUUCAUUUUUCAUAAAUUUUGAAGCUGUCAAAAUGGAAGAGGUUUAUAAUGUGGUUAGAGAUAGGGAGGAGGUUGAAAGUUGAGUGAGGGCCUCUCAUGUCAAACUAUCUUUGUGAUCAAAUAUUCACUGAAUAAGGAAAGGAUACAUUUCUUUGAGUUAGAAUUCCACUCAUCAAAUUGUUCACAAUAUUCGACUACAUCAUCCUUGUUCCAAGGAGAAAUAACAAAUGAUCGGUGAGGUGUUGUUCAUUGGACUUAGGGAGGGAGCAUUAGUUUUAAACAAGGCAACUCCUCAGUUUUGAGUCAAGAGACAGGUAUAAUUCCCCCCAACCCCCCUUAGGAAUAUCCAGUGAAAGUGAUCAUCUGGGAGCUGUCAGACAAUGCAAGCUGUGCUUGAGUCUGUAACUGAAAGCAGCAAAGGAUGGAUUUGCUUUUGCUAACAGGUUGACUAUCUAGACCCACACAUCCUCUGAUAUGUAAUUAGAACUAUUUUUUCUAGAAAUUCAGUGCAUUUUGUGCAUAUAAAAGGUUAAUGUUAGUCUAUACAGAGUAACAUUUAAUGAUUUUUGUGGCUCUAUUUGAAAAAUAUAUGGCAAAGACUUCAUGAAAGUGGCUGUCUUUCUAUGACAUCUAUGGAGGAAAAUGGAUUGUGACACAACACGUAUCUUGGGGUUUUUGUUCUUGUUUUUUUUAUAUACUAACUCUGUUUCUUAUGGAAAUCAGGUCCUUUAGAAUAAUCCCCUUCUACCCUUUAUUGGCUUUGCAGGUAGAUACAUCCAGUGUGGACUGAGAAACAUUACUAUGUAGAUGUAUUUUCAAUAAAAAAAAAUAGUUUUACAUUA